AUGGCCCCGAUGGAGGCGGCGCUCGCCGCCGACGGCGCGCCGCUCGAGGAGGGCGGCGGCAUGGGCAGCGACCGCAAUCUCCGACGAGACAGCGGCGCCUCCGCCUUCGCCUUCGAUUCGCCGCGCUGUCAGCGCCGCGAUUCUUCCUUCGAUGACGUGACCGACCUGCCCAGCUUGAGUGCCGCGGCCAGGGCGAUGUGGCAUCAAGACGCAGCGUUAGCGAACGAGCUGAUCUACCGCGCGACCAUCGGGCCCCGGAGAGCGCGCUCCAAACGCAUGGCCAGGUCCAGGGGCUCUCCUUCUCGUGUCCUCGCCCGCCUGCAGACCGCCCGCAAGUGGGCCGCCCGCGAGGGCGCCGCGGUCGUCUUGAACAGGCGCGAGAACGAGUUCGGCCGCGCGAAGUCCCAGCGAGCCCCGCAGACUGCUGAUAUGCUCGCGCUGCAGGAACGUCUCUACGUCGACGCGAUCGUGAUCCUGAUCGAUGCCGCGCUGAUGAAGCGCAAGGACGCCCGUUGUGUCGAGCCGCUGCCCUGGCCGCGAGAUGGGUCCGUGACGUGUUGCGACGUCGACAGCGAGUUGCGCAGCCUGCCGCGGAGCCUGUUGAGCGCGGAGCUGCUGGUGAGGAUCGGGCUGCCCUCGUUCUCCUCCGAGUUCGAGGUCGAGAACAGGAUCUCCAGUUCGGUCGCGCGCAUGGGGGUCGCCACGCGCUUGUGCCAGUUCACGCAGUGCGGGUUGCUGCCCUUCUCCUGCGCCACGCAGAACGAAGCUGUGCUGGUCGAGGACGAUGGCGGUGGCGACCUGAGCGCGCGCAGCUGGCCGAGCACGAGCUCGUCGUCGUCGUCGGCGGCCUCGGCGGCGCCCGCCCGCGGCCUACAAGGCUCCGGCGGCCCCGGCGGCGCCGGCAGCGGCCUCGUGCGCGCCGUGUCCGCGGUGUCGCUGGCCCACGACCUCUACCACGCCCGUGCCGCGGCGCUGGCGAUGCGGCGGUUUCGCUCCAGCCUCGCGGCCGAUCACGCGGAGCAGGCCCCGCGGCGACGCGCACCGCCGGCGCCCGUCGUGGACCUCGAGCCUGGGAGCGGCGCGGCCGACGAGGGCGCCCAGGACGGAGCGGCGCAGGAACGCAGGGCCGAUGGCGCCAGCGUUCGCGCGUAA